GGAGGACUCGAAACGCUCAUCGCCGGGUGAGGCGGGACUUCAUGGAUCGGAUGGGAAGAAGCGGAGUGAUUGAUUGAUUGAUUGAUCGAUGAUUGAUGUCCAUUCUAUCUAUCUAUCUAUCUAUCUAUCUACCCACCCUACAUACUCACUCUGUUACCUCCACCCGUCGUCUCUCUUCUUUCUGUCUUUCUUGGAUGUCUACUCUCCAUCUCCGCUACACAAAGCGGACGCGGGAAUACCCCGAGAGAGAACGAGAGAGAGACAGAAUGAGGGCGAGAGACACGCCAUGCUGUGCCAUGCCACACACACCACGUACUCGAUUCCCCAACCAACCCCCACUCAUCAUCUCCAUUAUAACCAACCUCCCCUCCAAUCUUCUCCUACUCGCUCGCUCACCACCCACAAUCGCACGCCCCUCCACGACUGAUCCGAUAUUCUCCAAUCCAACCCCCCUUCCUUCCUUCCUUCCAAACUUCUCAUCUAGCAUCUCACCCUGUCCCACAACCCUCAAUCCACAAUCUCUAUUACUGGCGGUCCUGUCCCAUCCAAUCCACUCCAACGAUGUCUACUACGCUACGUUACGCUACGCAAAAGAAACAAAAAGUAAUUCCUUACCUACCUACCUACCUACCUACCUAUCUACCUAAUCCACUUGCCACGAUCUUACCUCGCCUUAUCUUUCCCUUGUCAUACAUGACACGCCCGACAUGACAUGACAUGACAUGACCGGAGUUUCGAGUUGCCGCUUUUUUGCUCCUUGUUUUUUU